GUGCUGCGUGCGUCCUGCCGCACUAUCUGACUUUCCUGUUGGACGCAGCACACUGUAAGCGCACGUCGCCUUUUUUCAUUUUCUUAUGUUUUUAGUCGCGCUCUGUCAAAGUUUCGGUUACAAACGUGGAAUAUUUCUCGGAGAGAACAAUGGCCUGAGAGAUGUAGCAUAAUCAUCAGCUCUGAUUAGGGAGACUGAACGCCAGCGCCGUGCGUAACUGGGAGCAGGUGGAUGGAGAGGCUGGCGGGAUGCAGCUUUCCAGCAGGUCAGCGCUGCUUCGGGGCGGCUGGACUGUUUUCAGGUUUAGGACACUUUUGCCACUAUGGACGUGAUAUGAGGAUGGUAUAUUCUGUUGAAAACUGAGAUGUGAUAAUUGAGGCUCCUCCUACGUGAAAAUCCUGAGUCAUCCCAAUCCCCAGAGCCCCAGACCCUUAGAAGUCAAAGUCUUAAAUCCCCAGGACCCUAGGCUCUUGCAUUUUAUCCUAGAACAUGCCACCCGAAGCCCCUUUAAACUAAUUUAUAUAACUUGUGGUAAAAACAGUCCUUUGAGGCACGUCAUUUAAACCCCAAACUCAGUAAUAUUUACCGUCAUCAUUGUACCCUUUUUGAUUAGACAUUUACCCCUAAACCCUUUAGAAAAUUAGGCCCCUUUGAUAGUCAACAUCAGCAGUCAUGGCUUUGGAUCAGUUGCCCUUCCUCCCAAGUUACCCUAACAAUUCCAGCCCUGAGCCCUUCUGGUAUCUGGACAUCCAAGGGAAUGAGUCUGACCUAGGCUUCAACAUUUCCGAAAACAAGGAACAUCACCAGGACAGGACCAGCUCAGUGGUCAUUACCUUCAUCUACUUCAUGGUGUGCGCUGUUGGAUUAUGUGGUAACACCCUGGUCAUCUAUGUUAUUCUACGCUACGCCAAAAUGAAGACAGUGACCAACAUUUACAUCCUCAACCUGGCCGUGGCAGAUGUUCUGUGCAUGAUGAGCCUGCCGUUCAUCGCCCUGCAGUUGGCGCUGGUACACUGGCCCUUUGGAGAGGCUCUCUGCAGAGUGAUCAUGACUGUAGACUCUCUCAAUCAGUUCACCAGUAUCUUCUGUCUCAUGGUAAUGAGCAUCGAUCGAUACCUGGCUGUGGUUCACCCUAUUAAAUCUACAAAAUGGCGGAAACCCCGUGUAGCAAAGCUAAUUAACCUCACGGUAUGGGGUGUGUCGUUGUUAGUCAUCCUGCCAACUCUGAUCUUCAGUGGCCUGGACAAGGUUCCGGUAUGUGGCAUUGUGUGGCCGGAGCCUCAGGAUGUCUACUACACAGCUUUCAUAUUCUACACCUUCUUCAUUGGGUUCUUCCUGCCGCUGGCAGUCAUAUGUAUGUGCUACCUGCUCAUUAUAGUCAAGGUGAAGUCAUCCGGAUUGCGUGUGGGCUCCACAAAGCGUAAGCGUUCAGAGCGCAAGGUGACCCGGAUGGUGUCCAUCGUGGUGGCAGUUUUCGUCCUCUGCUGGCUGCCUUUCUACAUUUUCAACGUCACUUCUGUCACCGGCUCCAUCAAGCCCACCUCCGCUGUGAAGAGCACGUUCGACUUCGUGGUGGUGCUCGGCUACGCGAACAGCUGCGCCAACCCCAUCCUGUACGCCUUCCUGUCGGACAACUUCAAGAAGAGCUUUCAGAAUGUUCUGUGCUUGAAAAAGGUGGCAGGCCUGGACGAGGUAGAGCGCAGUGACAGCAGGGCAGACAGGAGCAAGAUGAUUAACGAAGCUGUGAUCAUUAAUGCCAACCUGUACAGUCACAAUCCUACCCUGCUCAAUGGCGAACUGCAGACCAGCAUCUAAAGGAGUACCAGUAACAGACAGACGGGCUCCCGGUGCACUGCGGUGACCCCUGCUUAAAUACAAAUGAGAAGAAGGAUGAUGUAAUAUCUCCUUGUGGACACAUGAGCAAAGUCUAAGUGAAAAAUAAACAAUUUCGUCAGCUUUUUUAAAGGUCAGGGGAAGUGCACUGACUCGAGCUCAAAACUCUUGAUAAUUGGGUUAAUGAAGCAACUUGAGCUUAUUAACCCUAAGGCGGAGCAAGAACAUGUAUUUUAAUCAAGUGCUUUUCAACAAAUAGAGAGAAGUGAUGUUGAAACAUUUAUGAGAGCGCUUUUUGUGCUUGCUGGCUUGAAGCUUUUAUGGAGCUGCCCAAAACGAUCCUGAGGAGGCAGGAUGUGAAAGUGGAGCGUGGUGAAACCGAUGAAAUAUUUUGGAUAGUACUCCAAUGGCAGAGAGAAGUCUGAGGGGGGACUGAGUACCAUUAUUGCUCUAGUUGACUGCUUUUUUUUUCUUUUAUAAAUGUGUGUGUAAAAGCCAAGAACUUUAGGCACUGAUUUCACUGGAUGCGGAAAGACAAUUGAGAGAAGUAGGCAAAACAUUUCAGUGGAAAACAGCCAGUUGUACGAUUCCCUCGAGCCUCAAAGAAAAAAAUCUGAGACGACAACCUGAAGGUUUGUGCUCAUAUUUUAUUCACAUCAGGUGAUUAGUCUGGUCUUACAUGAUCAGCGGGGCAACGAAACGGCAAAGCCAACACACAGAGGAUGCUCGUUUCUCUCUCUUCUAGUUGGCAUCAACGUGGGAGAAGCUGCACAUCUGCAAAUUCCUGAAUAUUACAUCCUGGAUUAUUGAUUUGGUGAAAGACUGGGAAAUUGUGUCUGUGGACUCUCUAACUUUGCUCCCUCAAAACAGUUCGACUUUGUGCAUAGGAAAUGGUUUUCUGUCAACCUCUAGGAAACAUUCCCAUGUGUGGAUGACUGUUCCAAUCAAAGGGAAUUUUAAAGGAAAAACCUGCUGUUACAUUGUGCGUUUUUGAGAUAUGUGUUGAGUUUGUGAAACCCAUCAUAAGUGCUUUUGCCAUAUCCCGAUCUUUACAUUAGUUUCAACUUUGUGCUGUUGUAAAGAGCCCAUAUCCAAUUGUAAAGUGCUGUGUUUUGGCAACGUACAAGUUCCCAGUUUAAUGUUGUAACGCUCUGCUCAGAUUCACAUUUGGUUCAGCCAGCGUGUGCCUGCAAAGAUGCCGAAAUUCCACAGAAGGCAGGCAAAUGUGUCAUGUAGCCGAACAGGGAAGGAGAGAGAGAGAUGGAUAAGGAGAUGCAGAGACGUUAAAAAAGAACUAAAGCUUGUGGAUGGGGUUGAUGCACUGAGAGCACAACACACAUGAGGACGACGCUUUGAAGACUGAAGUGUGCCGCAUUAGUACAGGUGACAGGAAGAGAUCAAGGUGGCUGUGUGUGCGUGUGUGUGUGUGUGUGUGUGUGUAGGCCAAUGAUAAAGAAAGACACAAAAAAGACAAAACAUCUAUAAAAUAAUGCAUUAUAUGUUAAGGUCAAAGUAAAAAAAAAAACAUACUGGAAGUUUCCAGGAUCUGGUUGUAUUUCUUAAAAUAAAACCUAAGCUAUACUGUAAGCGUAGGAUAGCUCAAACAUACAGUUAACAUGGUCUUUUAAAAAAGGAAGAAACUAAUUUGUUAUGGGUUUGUUUAAUCUAAAUGGUAAUUAGCAGCUCCAUCAUAGCCUAAUAGAGCCAACGUAGCCAACUAAAGCACCAUAAAAGGUGACAUAUUUGUAUGGGCACUUCCAUGAAAGUCAUUUUUAAAGAACUGGUUGAAGGGGGUUCUAUUAUGCUUUUGUUUAUUUCCUGUGACAAUGGUGGAUGAUGUCCAUAUUAAACAUGGUUAAAAAUUUCAAAUAAUGAGGCCUGUGUAUGUACAGGUGACAUCGAAAAUCCAGCUGUUCAGGCUCUGAUUUUUUCUACUCUUGGCUCUGUAGGAUGUCAGAGAGAGGGAACAUUCCUGAUAUGGUCGUAUUAGGCACAUCUGUGAGCACAGAUGCAUGCAUUUGUGGGUUGGGCCUGUAAAAAAAACCCUUACCAAAUCUUUUCUGCCAAUGCCAAACAGCUUAUUCUGCUAUUGACUCAUGUUUGGUGUUGUUUAUUGGAUUGGAUGAUUGCUGGUUGAAGAAUAGGAUGCCAGUCCCACAACAUUGUGGGACCAAGCUGGUGACCAGCAUGAGGAGGAGGCACCGGGCUGUUGUGGCUGUGUGUGGUCCUUCCACAUGCUGCUGAGGCCCCUGUUUGGUUGAUGAAUGAAAUUGUUAAAUUGUACAUAUGUCUUGUUUCUUGAGACUUCAAUCCUUUAAGAUUCAUUACCAAGAAGCAUUGCUACAACAAAGAAAUGAUUAACCAAAAAAAAUUUUUAAGCUAAAUUAUAUGAUUUUUAUGAUGUCCAGAAUUAGGCCCAAAAUAAAACACAACGAAGAGGUUCUGGAAGUAAAAAUCCCAUUCAUAUUCUCCAUAGGGAUUUUGACUAUGAGCCAUAAUACUGUAACAAUCCAAAGCAGACUUAUUAAGAGCUACAACAUUGCAAAAUGACGAAAUGUGCUCCAGUAGAAAGUAUAAGUCUCUAUGAAGUCAACCUUGUUUUACAAAUAUUUGAUUUUUUCAAAUGUUGCAGAAAUGUUCUGCUCUACCUACAGUCCCAACUUUAAACAGCAGCAUCUCUGAUCUGUGGUGGAAGUUCCUGUGAUCAUGCAAAUGUUUCCAGCCUCGAAUGUCAGGGAGCUUAGUUGUCUGGCUCGGUUUAAGGCUUAAACCUUUUUAUAAAAGGAUUUUCUGGAUCAUUUUCUGGAGAAACUGAAUGGGAAAUUCACUUCUGGAACUGGAGCCUUUAGGCCCUGCUUAUGUGAGAACGAUCCAGUGGAAACGGUAUUGUUUUUCCCUUUUAGUUUUCAAAAAGUGAUGGAAAAGUACUGUAACUGAAACAUUUUAAAAAUGAUCGCUGUUCACACAGAACCCCAAAAGAUGUUGAAAACAAUGUAACUCCUACACCAGGCUACAAAUUGUCGGUGUCUGUAGGAGUCGCAACCAUAGUGCACAUGUGCCAGUACUUCCUGUUUUCAAGAAGUAGCAUUUUAGCCAUUUACAGAUAGAGAGAAUGGAGCGAUUCAUCUCUGGAACCUGUUUUCAAAUUGUGCCACUUUUAGGGACUCAAAACGCUGUUGUUGUGUAAUUGACAGGCCAAAGUUCAACAAAACUUUAUCGUUUUCACUUGAAAACUGGACCCUCACCGAUGCUAACAUCCUCACAAUGAUAGCACUAUUAUACAGGUAUUUGGCUGAAGUGUUUACCCUUCUUACUCUUUGUUUAGCAUGUUAGCAUGCUAGCAUUCCUUGGAUUUUACAACUCUAUCAGAAACACUGGAGUCUACAGCAGGGGCCGGCAACCUGCGGCUCCAGAGCCACAUGCGGCUCAUCCAGGCUUAAUCUGUGGCUCUGUUCGGCUCGCGUUAGUAAAUUAUAAGUAUCCAAUUGAAGUGCAUUUUAUUUUUGUCAGUUCGGUUUUUGUUGUAGUUUUAAAUUGGAACAUUAUUUUGAUCUUGAAAUACUAAAAUAAAAUCAUUUUAUUUACCUAUUUGUUUAUUUUCAUUUCUCAAUAUAUGCAUCACUCGCGGUAGCUGCUACCAGCUUCCGCUAGUAUUUGCGGCUCUCACUGUUUUGUUUUCCGUGGAAACUGGGUUCAGAUGGCUCUUUCCGGAUUACAGGUUGCCGACCCCUGGUCUAGAGUAAAAGAGGGUAAACACGCUUGCUAAAUAUCUGCAUACUAGUCCUGUCACUGUGAGGAUGUUAGCAUGCUAACAUCAGCACUAAAAUUAAGUAAAGCCAUGGAGCCACAAGGGUUUCAGAAAAUGUUUAGCUUCUUUGAUCUGGAAUAUCUGUUAAUAGUUUAGAUAUUGUUAUUUUCAUGCCUAUAGAUAUUGACUAGAAUAUAUAGUAUAUAUGAGCAAAAGGAGCUUCCUGAUUUUAGAAAGCUAAAAACUGAGAAACAUCCACAGCAGAUACCCAGUUCUGUUCUAGCUGUCAUGUUUUUACGCACAGCCACUUCCACAAGAGACUUUCACCACACCUGGUUCCCAGGAAAAUUGUCAAAGGCUCUACAGCAGAACAAGAUUGCUGACCACACACUCCACUGUCAGAUCGAUUUGGUUCCAGUAUAUCAGUCAGGCCAGAAGCCCUCAAUCAGUGCAAUCAAAAGAGAUGAGGAAAAAGUAUAAUAUUAACGUGAGGCCGUGCACACACAGAGAGGCAUGUCCCAGUUUGUAGCAGGCAACACGCCCAGUAAUUUGUCAUGACAUUCUGUCUGUGUUGUCAUUGCUGCAGGUACUAUUUUCAGCAGGGUCAGUCGCACCUUCAAUAACAGGUCAAAGCAUGAUUACAGAGAUGCACUAUGAAUCAUGUUCAUGGACAUUUGUAGGCAUGCUUGUGAUUUAAUGUGCCCUGUUGCACACUGCGUGACACAGACAUCCUUGUCCUGUGGUCUGUGAAAUGCAUGAAAUGAUGAUACCGACUGGACUGUGUAUGUAACAGCCACCAAAGAGCAAGGGCUUCAUAAUGAGUGAACAGAAAAAAAAAAGAAUCAUGUGAAACAUGCAGUAUCUUUCAGUAUGUUUUCCUUUUUUUCUGCUCCAGUGAAUGAUGUGUAUAUACAGUGAGAACUCAUUUCAGAUUCUCACCGGCUGCAGUUAAGGUAUUUAGCUCCUUCAAGCCCGCAGUGUAAGGACUGCUCUACCAUCAUCCAGAGUUAAUUGCUUGAACUCUCUGUAUUUUUCUAUCCGUUCCUCUCUCCAGAUUUCAUUCACAUGCACAGCUGGUGGAGAGAAAUGUGAGCUGACGCACAUUUUACAUCCACCCAAAGUGAGCAGAGCUGAAAUGCUCUGAACGCACGAUACCUGAUGUUUCCGCUGGCUGCUCGGACUUGCUAAAUGUACUUAAAGGACCAUUGUGGUGUUUAAUAGAUGUCGAUGAAGAUGGCUGGUGCCAAAGCCAAUGAAAAUGUAGCGCUCAAAGGACAGCUGGGGGUAACGAGGCGCUCUUUGUAGUAGCUGCUUUCUUUGUCAUUUUGUGAAAUCGAGACCUGAAAUUGGGUCAUUUUAUUAAAAAUAAAAAUUGGCAGAUAUCUUGGCUGCUUGCUUGCUGGGUAUAAUUCAGCACCUAAUGUGAAAAGGACAUUUGUCUGCUCGUCAGGCUGGUGUCCACCACUGUAUAGUGUACAGAUGGGAGGCAGAAGAAGGGGCAUGGGAAACCUCCGGCUUCUUGUAUGCCGUUUCUUUCCUUAGAAACAUAAGUUAAUUUGUGAAGGGCUAAUAGUGCAUUCCUGAGGAUGCAUAAUUCAUUAUAAACAUCCAGUAUAAAUUUAUAUCUUCUGUUUGUUCUUGCAUGGGCAUGGGGGCUUAAUAUCCCACCUUUUACAUCACCGUACCGACCAAAACCAGUGUUAGAUAUUUUAUUACGUCAUACUUUUUUUUUUCCAGCAAUACACAGAAAAAAAAUGCAUAAAGUUAUGCUUACUUUAGUCUCACAUCAAGCCACAACUGUGCUGUUAUUUUAAGUUAAAAUCAGGAGCGUCUGUGUGAAUAUCACUUUAUAAUCCUGACUACAAACAUUUUAGGCCAGCUGGUAAUAGCUGCUUGUUGCCGGCCGUGUGCAGACGUGAAUAUGUACCUUUCUGUGCUGUUACUUUUAUCAACGUGCCUUGAAAUUUUAAAUCAUGUAAAGACAUCAGUGUACAACAAAACUUCAUUCUCACCCGUUUCCCCCAAACACUGACCAACCAAAGGCCUUUGUACUCCAUAUGUUGGUAACUGAAACAUAACAGAAAUGUAGUGUUUAUUGCUUUUACUGCUAUAUCCCCCGUGUACAAAGCUUCUGUUUGCGUGCUAUAAUGUCAAAAGCUGAUGUUUAUUUGUGACUCUGUUGUUGCAUAAUGUAGAUAACGUGAUCAAUGAUUGUAAUGGACAGAUCAGUGUCCUUGUCUCUGCAAUUAAAAUGCG